AUGUCUCGCGCCCCUGCUCCUCCCACUGUUGAGCGUUCCGAGGAUUCCGUCUCCUCUCUCAUCGACGUCGACUCCCCCCACGUCUCCUCCGUUCCCUCCGACUUUGAGCAGCAAUCCGUAAAGACGGAUACGCAAGCCGAGCGCAUCGAGUUCGAGGAGAAGGCUAAGGAGGCCGCUAAGGAGGCCGAAGCCGCGAAGGACAGGGCGAAGGAGCGCGCGAAGAAGGAUGCCGGCAUCGCCAAGAAGAACGCAGACAACCCUGUUGUCCUAGGCAAUGCUGUGACCGUCGGUAUUCUGGGGACUGUCCUAGGUGUUGGCGCAUACAGGAAGUACGUUAGAGACGAGCUGAGCUGGAAAGUCGUUGGUGCUUGGGCUGGUGUUGUUGGACUUUUCGCAGUUGGCGACUACUACGUUUCCAACUACUUCUUCAAGAAGUACCCCCCGAAGAAGUAG